AUGGUUGCUACUUAUGGACAACGUCAACGAAACAAAUAUCGUUUUCUCAUGGGUAUAAAUGGCUUUUUAUUAGCUUUUGCCAUUUUUAUUAUCGUUUCAAUGUCUAUCUAUUGGGGUUUCUUUGAAGAAUGGACAAUAUGGACUGAUUAUACAAUGGCUUGGAUUGAAUUUAAUUUUUUUAUCUUUUAUUGGGAUCGUUUAACAAUAACUCGUGCUUAUCUUUCAUUGAUUUUUAUAUAUGGUUUUGUUCUUCUUACAAUUAUUGCAUUACAAAUUCAUGCUUAUCGUCGUCGAAAUAUAUUUCUUAUGCAAUAUGUUCCAUAUUCAUUAUUUGUUUUAGCUAUAAUAACAAUACUUGGUGGUUUAGCUUGGUUUGCUGUAACAAUGAUAAAUAUGAAUGCUGGAUUUUUAACAAAAGAAACAUUUUUACUUGAAAGACUUCGUUUUAGAGGUAAUGCUUUUAAAGAAUUAAAAUAUCGUGAACAAGCAUUUCAUUUGGUAACAAUGGGUCGUGUACCACCACGUGUUUUUAUUUUAACUGCAUUUGUUAAUCAACGUCAAAGAGAUUUUAAUUGUUGUGGUUGGAAUUCUUAUCUUGAUUAUGCAGCUUCAUAUAAAACUGAUCUACCUGAUACAUGUUGUCAUAAAUAUCAAAGAACUUUUAGUUGUGGUAAAAAUAUGUUAAUUAAUCCAGAUCCAAAAAUUGUUAAUACACGUGGUUGUGGUCCAUUAAUGAAAUAUUGGUAUCGACGUGGAUUUUGGGAAAAUAUAUUUAUGAGUUUAUUUGGAGUAUUUAUGGGUGUUUAUAUGAUAUUUGUAUUUCAACAAAAUCGAAAAGAAUUUAUUCAAUUACGUGAUGAAGCUGAUGAUAGAAAACGUAUUAUACAUACAAAAUCAAUGGCAUCACGUUAUUCAUAUGGUGGUAUGAAAAGUACACCAUUGAAUGAUACAACUGGUGUUUAUGAUUCAGAUGAUGAUGAUAGUUCAAGUAUUCUCUAUGAACCACGUCCAAAACUUAAUCCAAAUGCUUAA